AUGUCGUGGGAGUUAACACCCUCUCGAUCCUGGUCAUUAGUUAAAUAUGUCGAUCUUCGUCACAAUCCGGUUAGAACAAUUAUAGAUUCUGAUCUUCUCGUAUACUUAUAUCGAGAGCAGCGACUGCUUACAAUUAUGCAUAGGGCUCACGUGGUUGAAAAAAUAUAUCUUUAUGGUAGUCAGUUGACUGUUCUCUAUCGUAAAGCGGCUGUGGUGUUUUCUGUGAAUAUAGCUCCUUCUCAAGUAACGAAGUUUCGAAUACGUCUAUCAGGUGUGGCGGACAGAAUCACGUUCUGUCUUGCAGUUUCUGAGUUUGUCGAAGUUCGCGAAAGUCCUGCGAGUCCAAACGGCUCCCAAACGCAGUUUUCAUCUGGCAGCAGCAGUUAUCCAGAGUACCACAACUUAAGUCAGUCCAGUCUCUCUCAAUCGUCUGUAAUGAGUCUCAGGGAAACGAAAUGCACUAGUCUCACUACCUUUCCAAGGACUUCUUUCGAAAUGGAUGGUCGGAACACUUAUCCGACAUCGAGCUCAUACCAAGGGAGUAGUGAAGAUAUGUUUUCGCGCUCUUCACAGGGUUACUCAGUGGAUGCCCUAUCCUCAAGAUCAUCGCCUAUUCCUUAUGUAUUCUGUGAGAAGCCGGCAGUAAAGGACGCCGAUACACAAACUGAUCCUAUGGACAUAUGCCAGGCUACUCCAGAACAGAUAGAAGCCUUCCUUACUGAACUUUUAAAAGAUCCAUCAUUCCAGAGCUUGGUGAAGAAAAUGCGGAAGGUUCUACCAAAUGUAAAUCGUUCAAACGGCUAA